UGUCAUGUGACUCGUGUCAUAUGAUCGUCGCUGUAUAAGUUCAGUAGCACACGGCUGGUCAACAGUUUCAGUGUCGCAGGUGCGCGGAAGGACGAGAGGGACACGCGUUUGUAUCCUUGCGUCUGGUCAGCUAUCACUCGUUAUAUAUCGCUGUCUGUCUGCUGUCGAGCCGUCGUAAGGAUGCGUGCGCUCGCCGUCAUGGUUUUGUUGGCGUUCAUCGGCGGGUCUGCGGCCGACACUCCGGCCAACUGCACCUAUGAGGACCUGCUGGGCACCUGGAUCUUCAGCGUGUAUGAUGUGGGUCACGAUCGAACCAUCAACUGCUCCAGCACAGGAAAGUCAGUGAAAACGGUGACCGUGGACCUGCAGAAGCUGUCUGUAGCUGUGGAUGAUCUCGGUCACACUGGCUUCUUCACUCUCAUCUAUAACCAGGGCUUUGAAGUGGUGAUCAAUGACUACAAGUGGUUUGGGUUUUUCAAGUAUUCUCAGCAGGGUUCAGAGGUGACCAGUUACUGCGAUCAGACGCUGCCCGGUUGGGUUCAUGAUGUUUUGGGGAAUAACUGGGGCUGUUUCACUGGGAAGAAAGUGCAGCCCAUCCCACCCCGAAUCAACCACAAUCACAUGCUUGGAUUCCAACACAAACUGCUCAUGAAGCUGCCAUACACAAACAACAUGGGGUUUGUGAAUCAAAUAAACUUAGUUCAGAAGUCUUGGAAAGCGACAACAUACAGUCUCCAUGAGACCCUCACCAUACAGGAGAUGCUGAGAAGAUCAGGAGGGCAUGCCUCUCGUAUACCACGACGUGUCAGGCCUGUGAUGGUUUCUGCAGACAGUAAGAUGGCAGCCGGUCUUCCAGAACACUGGGACUGGAGAGACGUGAACGGACUCAAUUAUGUUAGCCCUGUCCGCAACCAAGCUCAAUGCGGCAGCUGUUACUCUUUCUCCAGUAUGGGAAUGCUUGAAGCUCGAGUCCGAAUCCAGACAAACAACACUCAGCAGCCGGUGUUCAGUCCACAGCAAGUGGUGUCCUGCUCCCAGUAUUCUCAAGGUUGUGAUGGAGGUUUUCCAUACCUGAUUGGUAAAUACAUCCAGGACUUUGGUAUUGUGGAGGAGGAUUGUUUCCCAUACACCGGGAAAGAUUCUCCCUGCAAAGUACCUGAGAAAUGCACAAGGUACUACGCCUCUGAUUAUCACUACGUGGGUGGGUUUUACGGCGGGUGCAGCGAGGCGGCCAUGAUGCUAGAGCUGGUCAAGAACGGCCCCAUGGGCGUGGCCCUGGAGGUUUACCCAGAUUUCAUGAACUACAAGGAGGGCAUCUACCAUCACACCGGCCUCCGUGACUCCAUCAAUCCGUUUGAGCUGACGAAUCACGCCGUGCUUUUGGUGGGGUAUGGGAAGUGCCAUAAGACCGGCGAGAAGUACUGGAUCGUGAAGAACAGCUGGGGAACUGGGUGGGGUGAGAAUGGGUUUUUCAGGAUCCGUCGAGGAACAGAUGAAUGCGCCAUUGAGAGCAUUGCUGUAGCCGCUACACCAAUCGCCCAACUUUAGAGAGUGUAGACGAAUUGGUCAGUUGAAACGAGCACGGCCUGGAGAAGUAUUUUGAUAAUCGCAAUUCUGAAAAAGGGAAAACAGU